AUGGGGGAUGCUGGCCAGUCAGGUGGGACAACGGUAGUGGAUUUAGCGCCAGCGGAGAAGGAGCUGCCCUGCCAGUGCCUGCUUACCGGGUUCCGUGGUGCCUCGCAAGUUGUCGCUAAAGUGGCAUCUCAUGCACAAGCGGUGGACAAUCAGUCGAGCGAGGUGCAGGCCAGGCACAUCGCAGCCGUUUUGUGUCGUUCGGCGUACUGGGGAAUGGGUGUCACCGGUGUCUUGCGGGAUGAAAGAGGAAGAAAAAAAAAUCAAUUUCCGCCAGCCAACGACUUGUGUUGUGGCGUGUCUAACAUCUUAUCGGACGCUUGCUUUUUUGCCUAUGCAAUCAACUUCCCACGGUUUCUCGAAUGUCACUUAAAGAUUACCCCCGCCAUCCAUUCGCAUCCGGCGAGUGAGCGCUCAUCCUGCUUUCCGCAUCCCGGGUCCCAGCAGAUCGAUAUACAAGAAUCCGGUGGUGGCUUCACCGCUUCCCGUCACUCUCUGCUGUCAGGUAUCGAUUGGGAGAGGAAGCAGACAGCAGACAACAGACGGCUGGCAUCUUUCAACCCAAAAUCCACAUAUCCGUACUCCCGGCCUCUCGCCUUAGACCCCAUCUACCAGCCAACCUCCAUCCUGAAUCCUGGUCUAGUCGAAUCCCGAUCCUACCCCAUUGUCUAUCGUCUUGCCUGGCGUUACAUUGCCCUCCCCUCAGGUACUACCUCCCUUUACUCAAUUACCCAUGACUUUUUGCCUGAACCGAACAUCUUGAACGUCCUCUUCUGCCCCCAAACUCCAGCCCUGUCCAGCUAUCAACCUCAUCAAUCCCAUCGCCGAUCGACGAGACGCGCAUUUCUUGCUACAGCGACACCUGCAGCAGACCACACUAUCUGCCUGAUCCGGCUGGGCCAUCGCACCAAAGCAUCACAAGCACACGAGGCAGGCACGCACAAGCACUACGGUCAUCCACACAUCCACGUCCCGUCCAAGCACAACACUCACUCACACACACACGCACACGCACUCACUCACUCGCUCACUCACUCACUCACCCACCUACCUACCGUACCUGCACCUGCACCUGCUGGCGCCAAUAGAGACGUCCGCCUCACCUUUCUCACUCUUCUUCCUGCUUGGGCUCUCUCAAUUUAUUUCGCUCGCUGA